CGUGUCAAAAGAUGGAAGAAGUGGAUUGACGAUGGAGCAAGUGACGAAAUCUGUGUUGGCGGAGGAGAUACUGAAGCGCUUAGAUCUCGAGAAUCUCUGCUCCGUCGCGUGCGUUUCCACCGCCCUCCGCUCCGCCGUCGUCUCGGACGUCCUGCCUUCGCUUACCGCUCUCGAUCUAUCUGGCUUCUCGCCGGAGGAGGAGACUCUGAAUCACGUGCUGCGUGGUUGCGUCGGGCUCAGGAGCCUAACUCUGAACUGUCUCCGCCUCAGCGUCGCUGCUGUGCGUGGGGUUAUCGGGCCACACCUCCUAGAACUUCACUUGCUCAGGUGUUCACUGCUUAAUUCCACCGUGCUCUCUUCCAUCGGCACCCUCUGCCCCAAUCUCCGGGUUCUUACCCUGGAAAUGGCAGACUUGGAUUCACCUCUUGUUUUUCAAUCUAACCUGACGCAAAUGCUUAACGGGUGUCCGUUUCUGGAGUCUCUGCAACUAAAUAUCCGAGGUAUCCUAGUUGAUGCCACCGCUUUCCAGUCAGUUAGAUUCUCCUUGCCAGAAACUCUCAAAUCUCUAAGGUUACAGCCUUUGCUUGAGUCCGAGGCUAUCCUUCUCAUGAACAGAUUCAAAGUCACUGGAAGUUGUUUAUCUAAGGCUGCCUUGUUUUCUCCUUCGCCUUCUUUUACUUUGCAAAGCCUCUCUCUUGUCCUGGAUCUGAUAUCUGACAGGCUUAUCAUAGCUAUCACAGCUUCUCUUCCUCAACUUGUCAAACUGGACCUUGAAGACCGUCCUGAAAAAGAGCCAUUUCCCGACAAUGACUUGACCUACACUGGGCUUCAGUCUCUUGGUUAUUGCCAGCAACUCACAAGCCUCUCUCUAGUUCGAACUUGUUACAACCGCAAGAUAUCGUUCAAGAGAAUCAACGACAUGGGUAUAUUUCUCCUUUCCGAGGCUUGCAAAGGUCUAGAGUCAGUGAGGCUUGGUGGGUUUCCAAGAGUCAGCGACGCUGGAUUUGCAUCGCUCCUUCACUCAUGCCGGAACCUGAAAAGGUUUGAAAUACGAGGUGCCUUCCUGUUGUCUGAUUUGGCAUUCCAUGAUGUCACAGCGUCUUCUUGCUCUCUUCAAGAGGUCAGACUCUCCACGUGCCCUCUCAUAACCAGCGAAGCCGUGAAGAAACUGGGGUUGUGUACUAAUCUUGAGCUGCUUGACUUAGGCAGCUGCAAAAGCAUAUCCGAUUCUUGCCUCAACAUUGUCUCAGCACUCAGGAAGUUAACUUCUCUGAAUCUCGCAGGAGCUGAUGUAACCGAUAGUGGCAUGGUUGCACUCGGUAAGUCAGAUGUUCCCAUCAUGCAACUAUCCUUCCGCGGCUGUAAGAGAGUCAGUGACAGAGGAAUCUCCCAUCUGUUGAGCAAUGAAGGAACAAUCAGCAGAACAUUAUCAACGCUUGAUCUUGGUCACAUGCCAGGAAUCUCAGACAGAGCCAUCCACACAAUCACGCGGUAUUGCAAGGCUUUAACAGAGCUAAGCCUCAGGAGUUGCUUCCAUGUGACAGAUUCUUCGAUAGAGUUGCUGGCCACAAGGGAAAGACAAACUGAGGGAGGACGCAAACAGUUGAGGAAGCUCAAUGUCCAUAACUGUGUUAGCUUGACGACGGGAGCACUGAGAUGGCUAAGUAAACCGUCAUUUGCGGGUCUCCAUUGGCUCGGAUUGGGACAGACACGGUUUGCUGGUCGAAGAGAGACGGUCACAGCUACAAUCUGCGAGCAGAGACCGUGGCUCACGUUGUGUUUUGAUGGGUGUGAGCUUGGAUGCUAUGAUGGUUGGGAGUUCCACACGCCGCAACGCCAUUGAGGAAGAAGCUCGUCGUCUCACCAGUUUAUGUAUUGUACUAUCAAUUAUAUAUUCGUUCACAAAUAUGAUUCAGUAGAAUGUGUGAUUUGUUUGAUUUUUUUUUUUUGAAUGAAAAUUUGAUUGUAAAUUA